AUGACAACCGGAUUGGUUUAUUACAAGUUCAAGUCACAAAUAGAUCACUCGGUGUGCGAAUUUGAGGGCACCGGUAUUUCUGUGUUUGACUUGAAGAAAGAAAUUAUUCUUGCACAAAAACUGGCAAAGUGUACAGACUUUGACCUGGUGUUAAUUAAUCCACAGACUGAUGAAGAAUACACUGAUGAUGCACAUAUAAUUCCACGUUCAGCAUCCGUCAUCGUAAAGCGAGUACCAGCCUCAAAACCUGGUAGAGGAUCCGUGCAACGGUACUUGAAUGGAUUUAUGCCAACAACUAAUGGUAGGGGUCGAGGAAGACACGGGGCAAAUAUGAAGAUGCCCGAGCAACAAAAACCAAAAAUGCAGUCUCCCGAACCCAAAAAACCAAUCACAUCUCUUACAGCCGGUACCGGUGAUGAUGAUUCGGAGGAAGCCCGAAUCAAGGCCAUGUUCAAACAGACGACCGAGCAGUGGGAGCAACAACAGGAGAAAUUGGCUGAAGCAACGCCGAUAUAUAAUAAUAAACGGCGACAACCACAUAAUACACCUCAAAAUACUCCGCAGAAAAUUCCACCGCUUAAUUACGUUUGUUUCCGAUGCGGUACUAAAGGACAUUACAUCAAUAAUUGUCCGACAAAUGGCGACAAGGAAUACGAUAAAAAUAAAAUCAAGAGAACAACCGGAAUUCCAAGAAGUUUCUUAAAACAAGUUGAUGAACCAAAGAAAAAUGGAACUGGUGGCUUAAUGGUCACUCCACAAGGUGGUUUGGUCAUAGCGGUAGCAGAUAAUGCAUCAUGGGAACGCCACAAAGCAAUCACACGAGCCCCGUUGGGCAACAACGGUGACAUCUACGAACAAGCUCCAGUAAAACCAGAAAUGGAGUGCACUCUAUGUCAUCACCUACUACGAGAAGCGGUCACCAUUCCCUGCUGUAAUAAAAACUUUUGUGAUGACUGCGUGAGAAAUUAUUUGCUCGAACAUAACUUUGUUUGUCCUUCUUGUCGCACAACCGAUCAGAUUCCUGACAAUUUAAUACGAAAUCAUUCGUUGAGAGCAGAUAUUGAAAAAUAUCUUAAAGAAUAUGCGAUCAAACUCAAGAACUCUUAUUUGUUAUCGGAUGGAACAACACCGAAAACUCCACCGAAAGAUAGCGAGGAUUCUAGUUCUAGUUCCAAUUCCAAUCUCACUAGUACUCCAACAAAUAAUAAUAAGAGUAUCGACAGUAGCGAUGAUAACACAAAGAAUGUCAGUGUAAAUAGUAAUACUAGUAGCAAUAACACUACUCCCAAUGACAUUCAAGACAAUAAUACCACAAAACCCACUACUCCACGUUCCACAUCCCCAAAACCAAGAUCACGGAACAAUCCUCCUUCGCCACUUCCCACUACUAAUACCAAUGUUAACAAUACUAGUCUUGGUUAUCGGGACGGAACAAACGAUCAAAUGUAUUACUCUGAACCUCAUCAUCCAUUCGUUGGAAAUAUGUACGCUGGCGGAGUUGAUCCGUAUGGAUACAAUUAUCCACCAUAUCCUCCUCACAAUCCAUACACUUACGGAUACCCGGCAAACUACGGAUACUAUCCUCCACCGGCAGCUGUUGGGGCAGGCAUUAAUGAUUUACCUAAUUUUAAUGGUUUUCCAAUUUAUGUUAAAUAUUAA